AAGUACAACAGUUCUCUGUGUGCCCCCAUUCAUUUCCUGAGAACUGCAUUGAGUCUGUGUAUGUGUGUGUGAGUGUGUGUGUGAGAGAGUGUGUGAGGGAGAGAGCAAGGCACAGACAGGGGAUUCUCUAUAAGGCACACGAAACCCUUUUCCACUGUUCUGCAGCUCCUGUUCAGAACUGACUCAUUUGAAAGCAGAAUGUUAAUGCUGGACGGGAUGCCAGCAGUAAGAGUUAAAACAGAGCUCUUGGAAUCUGAGCAAAGGUCAUCUAAGGUCCACACUUACCCUGAUAUGGAAGCUGUCCCUCUCCUACUCAACAAUGUGAAGGCUGAGCCUCCUGAGGACUUGUUAUCCACUGACCAUUUUCAAACACAGACUGAACCAGUGGACCUUUCGAUAAACAAAGCUAGAACGUCGCCGAGAGGUGUUUCUUCAUCCCCAGUCUCUAUUACAACCUCAGCAGCAUCGCCUUCUUCUAACUCUUCCUCUAGCCGUCCAACAUCAUCUCCAACAGUGAUAACACCUGUACCUUCCACGGCAUCUGUGCCAACAGUAUUAACUCCUGGACCUCUUGUGGCAUCAGCAUCUGGUGUUGGAGGUCAACAAUUUUUGCACAUUAUUCACCCUGUUCCUCCUACAAGUCCACUGAACUUACAGUCCAACAAACUAAGUCAUGUGCACCGUAUACCCGUUGUGGUACAGUCAGUCCCUGUAGUUUACACAGCUGUAAGGUCACCGGGGAAUAUGAAUUCUACCAUUGUGGUACCUCUACUGGAAGAUGGCAGAGGUCACCUUAAAGCACAUAUGGAUUCUCGAGGGCUCUCACCAAGACUUGUAAAAAGUGACAGUGAUGAUGAUGACCUGCCAAAUGUGACCUUAGACAGUGUUAAUGAAACAGGAUCCACAGCUCUAUCCAUAGCAAGGGCAGUACAAGAUUCAGUCUCACCAUUCAGUAUUGAGAGCACAAGACGUCAGAGAAGGUCAGAAUCCCCAGACUCUAGAAGACGGAGAAUACACAGGUGUGAUUUUGAAGGUUGCAACAAGGUCUACACAAAAAGCUCUCACCUGAAGGCACACAGAAGAACCCAUACAGGAGAAAAGCCCUACAUGUGUACCUGGGAAGGCUGUACCUGGAAGUUUGCACGCUCAGAUGAGCUGACGCGGCACUACCGGAAACAUACGGGGGUAAAGCCAUUUAAAUGCGCAGACUGUGACCGCAGCUUUUCCCGUUCAGAUCACCUAGCAUUGCACCGCCGAAGACAUAUGCUCGUUUGAGUUUGCCAUCUGGCAAGGAGUUCAGAAGAGCUGGGUCUCUUAUGUUCAAUGAAUUCAGCAGGACUGAAUGUCGUCCACAGUGUUACAAAAGCCAGAUUUCCCAUCAUAUCCAAAGUGAAAGGAUGGACAGUGGCGGACAUGCCGUGCUCAUUAUUAAAUAUACCCCGAAGCAUGGAAACUACAGUAAAUAUCAAUACCUCACACCAUGA